AUGGAAGCAGAUGUUGAUGUCGUAGAGAAAACUGCUGUCGUGCUAGUUUUUAGGCUGGGGCUGACGGAGGUGGAUAACAAAGUGCUAGCUGGAGUUGGCGUGACACUGGUGGAAGAAACUGAAGGCGUGCUUGCCGGCACUGCUGUCGUGCUCCUACUUGUUAAAAUAGGGAUGGUGGAAGUGGACACAAAAGUGCUGGUUGGAGUUGGCGUCAAAGUCGUGGAAGGGGCUGGAGGCGUGCUUGUCAGCGCAGCUGUCGUGCUGCGACCGUUUGUAGUACUUAUGAGUGAUGCACUCGUUGAUGACGUACGUUGCGUUGUCGUCGUCGUGCCAAGCGAAGGAGUACUGCCGCUAAUCGUCGGAGGAGCAACAGUCGUCGUUGGCAACAAUAUCAGUCGAGGCACUAAAAGCAGACAUGUUUGGGGACCAUAG